UUUAGACAAAAGCCCACAAAAACAUUCGAGGAGGGAGUGUUUGUUUUCAUAACGUUCCACUCCGUCAUAAAAUAGGCUAGAAAUCACGCAUAGGCUAUUGCUUUGCUGAGCAACAAAGAAAAACAUGAUAUUAAUAUGGAAAUUGUUUAUUUAUCUGUCAAUGCCAUGUUUAUUUUGCUUUGCGUUCAUGCAAUUUAUGUUUCUCUCGCUUCUGAAUUUGAUUUCACGAAGCUUGACCAAGAAAGUUAUCUUAAAAAUGGGUGAAAAGGUAACUAUGACCCAGAACCCGAAGUUCAAGUAUGAAGAUUGGGGACCGACUUUUAUGUCAUGGAACUUUAUCAAGACCAUCCUAGGGCACAUGUGGACUAAUGUCGGCCAAGAAGCUUUUGUGGGCAACAAUGCUCCCGACUCACCUGUGGUUACAUUGGAAGGCAAGAGGACCAGUAUCUACAACUAUUUGAAAGACAACAGACCACUGGUGUUGAGUUUUGGAAGUUGUACCUGACCCCCGUUCAUGUACAAACUUUGCGAGUUCAAGCAACUCGUCAAGGACUUCAGCGAUGUGGCAGACUUCCUGGUGGUCUACAUUGCCGAGGCGCAUUCUACAGAUGGUUGGGUCUUUGCCAACAACGUUGACAUCACUAAACACCAAAACCUGGAGGAGCGGCUGACUGCAGCACAGUUCCUGGUCAAAGAGGACCCCCUGUGCCCCAUCGUAGUGGAUGUAAUGAAAGACACCACAGCUAGUAAAUACGGUGCUAUUCCAGAGAGGCUGUAUGUGCUGCAGGCAGGAAAGGUUGUUUAUAAGGGAAAGAUGGGCCCAAGAGGCUACAGUCCUGAGGAGGUGUGCUCCUUCCUGGAGAAAAUGAAGUAGGAAGAGGUGAAUCACAUCUGUCACUUUAAAACUCUGUUUUUCUGUUGUCUUUUGUUAUCUUAACCCAUGCCCAUAUGAUUAUGUGUAAUUCUGCUCUCUGGGAUCCCAAUUAUCCAUCUUUGAGUUUGGAGACGUUCUCUAUGUUUAUUAGUGACGGACACAGAUCAAACCUAUGGCCUCUGUAACCCGAUGAAGAGAAACAUGGAGAGACCCUUCAAUCAGAAUGGGUGUGUUGGUAAAACAAGGAAGUUAUCAUAGGAGGUAAAGGAGGAAGUUAAUUCUUGUACUUUUUUAUCCAGGUCAGAGUUAUUACAUUGUAAUGACAUAAUUGAAAUAUCACAAUAUCAUACCUUUCUAAUGGCUGAAUGUGAAACAAGCCCUUUGGCUGCUAGAUUAUCAAUAUAUAUUCGUACUGGAUCUAGUAUUUUACAUAACAUGAAGAAUUUCUCAAAUGUAGGUAGGUCUAUUUGAUGUGUAAUAGCCAUGUAGUAAUUGCACUGGCAUAUUAGGGCGGCAGGUAGCUUAGUGGUUAAGAGUGUUGUGCCAGUAACCGAAAGGUCCCUGGUUCUAAUUCCCGAGCCGACUAGGUGAAAAAUCUGUCGAUGUGCCCUUAAGCAAGGCACUUAACCAUAAUUGCUCCUAUAAGUCGCUCUGGAUAGGAGUGUCUGCUAAAUGACUAAAAAAUGUAAAAAAUAUCUGUAACCAUGCUUUUGAUAAAUUGUCUAUGAAUGUUCAUAAAUUACUUUGGCAUGCAACUGCUUUUUACAUGAUGGUUACAGUGCAAACCUCUGGUCAUUGUAAUUUGAUGAACUGAAAGCAGUAUUUAGCUAAAUAAUUUAGGAGAAUUUAGAGCAUGUUGUUGUGGUGAUGAGGAUAUACCUGUUUAUUAAAAACUCUUCAUGAACAGA